AUGGCUGAAUUUGUUCGUGCCCAAAUUUUCGGCACUACGUUCGAGAUAACCAGCAGAUAUACGGAUUUACAACCUGUAGGAAUGGGUGCCUUUGGUCUCGUAUGCUCUGCCAAAGAUCAGUUGACAGGUCAAGCUGUUGCCAUCAAGAAGAUUAUGAAGCCAUUCAGCACCCCGGUUCUGUCCAAAAGAACUUAUCGAGAGCUUAAACUGCUCAAGCAUCUGCGACACGAGAAUGUCAUUAGUCUGAGCGAUAUCUUCAUAUCUCCUCUAGAAGACAUCUACUUUGUUACCGAACUUCUUGGGACCGAUUUGCAUAGAUUAUUAACCUCACGGCCACUGGAGAAACAAUUCAUUCAAUACUUUCUAUAUCAAAUUCUCCGAGGCUUGAAAUAUGUUCAUUCUGCCGGAGUGGUCCACCGUGACUUAAAACCAAGUAACAUUUUGGUGAACGAGAAUUGUGAUCUCAAGAUCUGCGAUUUCGGGUUGGCAAGGAUCCAGGACCCUCAGAUGACUGGUUAUGUUUCCACACGAUACUAUCGUGCACCAGAGAUUAUGUUGACGUGGCAGAAAUAUGAUGUGGAGGUCGAUAUCUGGAGUGCAGGAUGCAUUUUUGCGGAGAUGUUGGAGGGGAAGCCACUUUUCCCAGGAAAGGACCAUGUUAACCAGUUCUCCAUCAUUACCGAACUUCUUGGAACACCACCAGAUGAUGUUAUCCACACCAUCUGCAGCGAGAAUACCUUGAGAUUCGUGCAGUCGCUCCCAAAGAGGGAGAGACAACCCCUGUCUCAAAAGUUCAGGAAUGCCGAUCCUCUAGCAAUCGAUUUGUUGGAGCAAAUGCUCGUCUUCGAUCCUAGGAAGAGAAUCACCGCCGAGGCAGCUCUUGCUCACGAAUAUCUUGCGCCCUAUCACGAUCCCACCGAUGAGCCAGUGGCAGGGGAAAAAUUCGAUUGGUCUUUUAACGACGCAGAUCUACCAGUGGACACCUGGAAAAUUAUGAUGUACUCGGAAAUUUUGGAUUACCACAAUGUCGAUGGGUCUGCCCAACAGUGA